AUGGAUGAGGAGCCGGUGGAUUGGAACUUUGAUCCGGAGCCAAUGGAGUCGGACGAGGAGCCAGAGUUUAUGGAGCAGGACCACGAGCAGGAGGGCGAUCCUGAGGAGAUGGAUUCCGAGGAGGAACCGGAGAGAAAUGCCACUAUUGCCGCUGCUGUUGAGGCCGCCAUUGCUGCUGCCAAUGGGGCCAAUGGGAAUAACGGAAGUGAUGGGAAUCAGGGGAAUAACGAGAAUCCAAUUCCGGGACCGGCAAAUGUGAUCAGGUCGAUGUCUAAGUUGGUCGAGCAGUUCUUGAAAUUGAAACCGCCGAAGUUCAAUGGGAAGGGUGACCCCGAGGCUGCACCGCGAUGGGUAGAAGAAUUAGAGAAAGCCUUUGAUGUUCUGGGGUGCACCGAGAUUGAAAGGGUGGCAUUGGCGAUAUAUCAGUUGCAGGACAAUGCAAAUGACUGGUUGAAGGCCACCAAGGGCAGAUACAUCUCAGAGAGUGCCCAGGAGAGGAAACUGGCGGAAUUUAUGAGGCUCCGCCAAGGACAGAUGACUGUAGAUCAGUACGAAGCGGAGUUGGCUAGAUUGUCGAGAUUUGCACCUAGGAUGGUGGAGAACCCGCAGGAUAAGGUUCGAAGAUUUCGAGAUGGGCUAAAGUCGGACCUUAGGAGUCAGAUGAUAUCGCUCAACAUUCGGGAAUAUGGGGAAAUGUAUGAACAUGCUUAA